UAAUACAGUUUUGAGGAUGUAUUCUAGUGUUCAUUGUAGCUUGACUUGAUUGACACUUAAAAGUCUGUCUCCGUCCCUCAUUCUCCAAGGAAAAUGUAGGGAGGGAUUGAGGUUUUGCUUCGGCAGCCCUGGUCCUUCUGAGGGUCCCUCGGUUGGCUUUCGCUUUCCAAUCCCAAGAGGAACACAACCAUUGCCCACCAUUUAGGGCAGACGGAGGUUCGCGACAAUGUCUGCCACUGAUACACUUCCCAAGUCCUUAAAAUGGACUUGUGAUCCAGCCAUCAGUCAAUUGAUCAGUUGCAUGGACUCUUUGGGUCCACAUUAUCGAACGGAACACUUAGACUCGGAUCCGGUUGAGGACUUUGAAGAAAUCCUACACCUGUUAUCCAGACGCGAACUCAACUCUGUGGUGAAGAUCCAUAACAUCAUUUUGUUUUGCAAUCAAGAACAAUGUCCGUGUGUUUCCAAUUCUUGUCAAAUCGCCAUCGAGGUCAUGGAGGACGUGCGACCUUUGGCCUUAAUGAUCGAGGAGUGUCGAGAACUCUACGCUAUUCUCACUACCCCUCAUAUCCGUAGCCUUAUGGCCUCCCACGAUAUCGUGGCACAAAGAGAUUACAUCCCCAAACUUAAUCAGUACCCGGAAGAAGUCGACGAGGAUGAAGAGUCCAUGAAGAUUGUCCAAUUGGUGAAGAGCCACGAAACGGUUUCGGAUGGCACAAAAGAUACAGAGCCAAUCGUGGGUGCGACAAUAAAAGCCGACGAAGAGACGGGGAAAAUAUUGAUUGCUCGAGUCAUGCAUGGAGGGGCUGCCGACCGAUCAGGAUUGAUUUCUGUCGGAGACGAAGUCGUCGAAGUGAAUGGAAUAAAUGUUCAAAAUAAGAGCCCCGCGGAUGUUCUACAAAUACUGCAAAUGGCUCAGAACACGAUCACGUUCAAAUUGAUCCCGAAUGAGGGAAAACCAGUUAUCAGGGAGUCUCGAGUGCGCCUUCGAGCUCUGUUUACCUACGAUCCAUCGGACGAUACUUUCAUACCUUGUAAGGAGGCCGGUUUGAGCUUCGUCAAAGGAGAAGUGCUUCACAUUGUUAGUCAAGAUGAUCAGUUUUGGUGGCAAGCCAGGAAGGAGAACGAUCGUAACAUGAGAGCGGGUCUCAUUCCCAGUCGGGUGUUGCAAGAAAAACGCGUGUUGCGCAUGAGGGACGAAAUGAUGUCAAAUCAGAACUCGGAAGCCACUCUCUCCACGUCCCCAUUGUUGUUUACUUGUGGAUCAGAGACAGAUAUCGUAAAAUGCUAUGCUUGUAGCGCAGACAUGGCCCUUGACGAGCUGAACGAGCAAGCCAAAUUAUGCUCUCAAUGUACCACGGAAUUGCCCAAUACUUUAACUGACCAGCUUUGUAGCUACGGAAGACGCAUAGGCGAAAGAAGCCCACCUCUUGUUAAGAAGUGUUGUCCCGCUAGACGAACUAAAAAAGUUAUGUAUACCUUAACAGAGAGUGAAGACUUUGAUAGAGAAGAAAUCCCCACCUACGAGGACGUGGCCAGGUUGUUCCCACGACCUGGCUUCUUCCGACCGAUCAUUCUGAUUGGACCCAAUGGCGUGGGGCGACAUGAAUUGAAAAAGCGCCUUCUUGCCAUCGACCUGACGCGAUUCUCGUCAGUCAUUCCACAUACGUCAAGACCUCCAAAAAUGGGAGAAAUUCAUGGUAUGGAUUAUUAUUUUGAUACGCGGAGCAAAAUGCUGGCCGAUAUCGCUUCCGGUUUAUAUCUCGAGCACGGCGAAUUUAAGGGCAACAUCUAUGGCACACGAAUUACGACCAUUAUCGAACACAUUGAGAAAGGGCUGCAGCCAGUGCUGAUUCCACAUUAUCAGGGAUUAAAGGUGCUCAGAACGCAAGAGAUCAAGCCAUUCACGAUUUAUGUUAAGCCUCCAGAACGAACACGCCUUAUUCUAUCCAGAAAAGAAACCAUUGGAACUUCAAAGUCGUUCACGGAGUCUGAUUUCGAUGAAAUGAUUCUCCAAGACAAGAGGUUGGAGUUUCAUUAUGGUCAUCUCUUUGAUGUGACCGUUGUUAAUGACGAUAUCGAUGUUGCUGUCGAGAGCAUAUCCCGUGAGAUCUCUCGUUUGGACCAGGAUGCUCAAUGGGUUCCUUCCACCUGGGUCCAGUAAACCCAAACUUGUUGUUCAAUCUCCAGUUCUUCUAUCUUUUGAAAUAUAAGCUCUCUGCCUAAAUAUCAA